CAGCUGGCUGACAGACGUGCAUUAUUCGCACUGGAAAAGUGCAUUGCGGUCGCUUGCUGAGCAUGCAAAACGAUUAGCGGAGCCGUAUAAAUAACUGACUAAUCAGAUAAAAGUGCAACGGAGCCAUUUGCAUGUAUUGUGCGUAUAUAAGUUGCCGUUUUUAUAUGGCAAAAUCAUCGUGCAGUGUGAACUGUGUUGAAAAGCGCCGGCAGCCGAUACUCGUAAAUUGUUUUAAGCCGUUUACUGGACUAAUUACAAUAAAAUAUGAUAAGCAAUUCAUAACACUUCAUUUCUUUAACAAAUUAUAAUCAAAAUUUCGGUUAAACACAUAUAAUGCAAAUUUAUGCCACUAUUAAUUGCCACAUGCGAUACUCGUCAGCGAGUGCUUCCGUCGUUAACCAACACUGUCGAUUGUCUGCUGUUUUCAGCACGUAAAAAGAAAAAUGUAAACAUAAUGCCCGCAAAGUAUCUAAACCAUUAAUGUAAAAACGAUAAUCGAUUUCUUUAUAUUUAACCACCCAAAAUUGUUAGAUUAUAAUCACCCUAGGAACUAAACGAGCGAUCAAGACAAGGACCUGAAGGAGCCACACAUGCAUGAGUGACCACCCGGAGAAGCCCAAAAAAACCAGACGUUAAACAAUGGCCGCCGAGAAGGAGAUGCAGGCCCACGACAUGGUCCGUCGGCGGAGUUGGGCCCGAGCCGUGGCGCUCUACGACCAACUGAUUGCCUCCAAUCCCGGACAGGGAUCCGGUGUCCAGGGCGGGGGAUCGAGGGCGCAGAAGGACCAGCAGAUCGCCUGCCUUCUCGGCCGCUGCGAGUGCCUUUUGGAGUUGGGAAAGUUCGAGGGCUGCCUGGCGGAUGCCUACAAGGUGCUCACUCUGCUUUCCGAACAAACCGAGUGCCUGGCCAGCGUUUCCCGAGCUCGCCGAUGGCUCGUCCACGCUCUGUUCAAGAUGCACAAGUACGGGGAUGCUGAGAUCUUCCUGAGCAAGUGGAUCAACGAGCUGAGCGGCCAGCAGAUUUACUCGGACAUAUCCAAGACCCUCGAGCGCUACAAGUCCAUCAUCCAGAUGAUCAUGAACGGUCAGCACAAGGCGCAGGCCCAGAAGAUACCGCACGCCCGUCUCGAGGACGAGAUGGCCAUACUGGACACCAAGCUGGAUCACUGGGCCACCAACAACCUGCCGCUGGACAAGUACAGCAAGCUGCUCAGCAACAAGGGGCUGAAGAAGCGGGAGCAGCAGCAGCAGCAGCAACAACAGCAGCACCAGAACGGCAACGGAAUCGGCAGCUAUGCGAGCAGCAGCAGUAGCUCCUCCACUGGGAGCAGCAGCACCAUGUCCAGCUCGAGCACGAGUCUCCACAAGACCACCGACCUGCUGGCGGCCAUCAAGCUAACGGCCGGCAAACACCAGACGGGAUCCGGUGACGGUUCGGGCUCGGAUCAGGGCGAUCAGGCGGCGCCGUCGACCACCUGCAGCUACUGCACCAUCACCUUCCAGACGAGGAACGAGCUGCGUCAGCACUGCCAGACCGAGGCCCACCAGAAGGUCAUAAUGAGCGACGAGGGCCGUGACUGGAAGUGGCGGCCACCGCCUCGUGGCUACACCCUGGACACCUAUUCCCUGUGCGAGACGUUCAGCGAUGCGCACACCUGCCACUACGGCGCCCAGUGCGUGGAGGCCCACGGGCAGGACGAGUUGAACGAGUGGAAGGAGCGCUUCGAGUACCGUCGCAUGCGGAUGCAGAAGGCCUGCGAAAAGGAGCUCUACGGCAAGUCGUACACGGAGCAGGUGCUGGAGCGAUGGAUCCAGGCGACGGCGCCGGAGCGUGUGAUGUGCGAACGGGUGGCGGACAUGGAGGCCCGGUGCGAGCAGCAGCUGGUCACCAGCAUCAGUUCGAAGACCUCCAAGCGGGAGUGGCUCUUCCAGCUGGAGACGAAAAAGCCACUGAAAGCAGUGGCCCUCCUGCAGGACGCCCAUCGGAAUCACUUUGCCCUGAAGUCCAUCAAGUUGUGCAAGCCCACGGAGUCCAGCAUGGAGCUAAAAUCGGAUCAGGAGUGGGUUGCCAUUGGAUCAACUCAAACGGAAGCUUCCAGCGAGGAGAACGCCAACAUAACCCACGAAAUCACCGUUGAGUUUCACACGGAGAUUUAUGGAACCUUCCGGCAGGCCAUCUGCUUCGAUGUGGGCCAGGAGCCGCUGCUCGUUCGGCAUCUUUGUGUGGAUGUGCUGCCCGUGAACGAUGCGGAGAAGAUCGAGGAGAUCAAGCGGGAUAUCAUCAACAGUUCCGCAACGCGAUGGGACGUGGCCAAUACGCAGCUGACCCGUUUCGAGACCACGAUCGGCACCCAUCUGAAGACGGAGGCGUAUCUCAGCGAUCUGGAGCACGAGCGGGAGCUGUUGGAGCGAUAUCCGUGUCCCAGGGCGGCCACCUUCACGUUGACCCAAUCGACGAUUGUGGAGAAGCGACUGACGCAGAACAACUACCGCUCCCGCAUCCACGAACUGCUGUCCGUGGAGGAGAUUGCCCGCUACGAGCAGAUAGCCAGAUAUAAUGUCCGGACCCGACUCACGGUGGCCUCCAAUUAUAUCCUCACGCCAGCGGGAAUGGCGACCAGCACGGCCAAGUAUUCGCUGGCGGGCGAACUGUUCGCUCUCAUGCGCUUGGGCAAGGACAUCUCGGAGGACACUUCGCCGGGUCGCUUGAUCCUCUCGAACUGCAGCAGCGUGUAUAUCUCAAAGCCGGAGGAUCCGGACGCGAAGGCGGAUCAGAAUAAUCGCCCGGUUUACGAGGCUCUCAUCGAGGACAAAGGCAAGAAUGUGAUCUACUUGAAACUAUCGGCCAAAUGUGUGGAGGCAAUGGGUCUGCAGGAGGACACCGAGCUGGAGGUGGACAUCCAGUUCCAGCUGAAUCGAAUGCCCUACUGCGAGUGGCACAACGCGGUGGACAAGAUCACCGAUUUCCGGCUCAUCUUCCCGGCCACCGAACUGGAGCCCAGUAUACCAUGGACCCCGAAGAAGCAGUGGGCCGAUAGCUGCGAACCCAAGUUGAAUGCCAAGCAGCGGGAGGCCGUGAAUGCCAUCACCACGGCGCUGAGCAUCAAGUUGCCACCGAUCCUGCUGAUCGGACCCUUUGGAACGGGAAAGACCUACACGCUCGCCCAGGCCAUCAAGCAGCUGCUGUCGCAGCCGGAGGCCAAGAUCCUGAUCUGCACGCACUCGAAUUCGGCAGCCGAUCUGUACAUCAAGGAGUACCUGCACCCUUGGAUCGAGGAGGGCCUGGAGGAGGCCACGCCGCUGAGGGUCUACUACCACAAGCGAUGGUCGGCCACCGUGAACAGUGUGGUGCAGAAGUACUGCAUCAUCGAUGCCGUGGGCAACUUCCGGCGGCCCAGCGUGGAGGACAUCAUGCGGCACAGGAUCGUCGUGGUCACGUUGAGCAUCAGCAUGGAGUUGGCCACUCUGGGCCUGCCCAAGGGUCUGUUCACGCACAUCUUCCUGGACGAGGCGGCCCAGGCCAUGGAAUGCGAGGCCAUUAUGCCGCUGGCCCUGGCCAAUGACUCCACGCGGAUCGUUCUGGCCGGAGAUCACAUGCAGAUGAGCCCGGAACUGUUCUCCGCCUUUGCCAAGGAGCGCAAGCUGCACAUCUCGCUGCUGGAGCGACUCUACGAUCACUAUCCCUCGAAUUUCCCCUGCAAGAUCCUGCUAUGCGAAAACUAUCGCGCACACGAGGCCAUCAUCCGUUUCACCUCGGAGCUGUUCUACGAACAAAAGCUGGUGGCCUCCGGAAAGCAGCCGAGGCACGAGCGCUUCUACCCGCUGACCUUCUUUACGACCCGAGGAGAAGACGUCCAGGAUAAGAACUCAACUGCUUUCUACAACAAUGCCGAGGUUUAUGAGGUGGUGGAGCGGGUUUCCGAGCUGCGAAAGCGCUGGCCCAGUGCUUGGGGUAAAUUGAACGACACCAGCAUCGGGAUCAUGACUCCCUACGCGGAUCAGGUGUUCCGCAUUCGCUCGGAGCUGAGGAAGCGCCGCAUGGGCGGCAUCUCCGUGGAGCGAGUGCUCAACGUGCAGGGCAAACAGUUCCGAGCGGUGUUCCUCUCGACGGUUCGAACUCGACGCACCUGCAUGCCGCAAGGAAGUGGACCCGGAGCAGCCUCGUCGGCCAGCAUUGGCGAUGCCGACACGGAUUAUGGGUUCCUGAGCAACUCCAAACUUCUGAACACCGCCAUAACUCGUGCCCAAUCUCUGGUGGCAGUGGUGGGCGAUCCAGUGGCUCUCUGCUCCAUCGGUCGCUGUCGGAAAGUGUGGGAGCGCUUCAUCGAGAUCUGCGACGAGCACAAGUCUCUGUUCGGGCUGACGUGGUCGAAUCUGCGUUCGCAACUGGACGGCGUGGAGCUGAAACGCGGCUAUGUGCUGAAUCCCCUGGCGCCGGAGUUCGUUCCUCGAUCCCUGCAACCGGAGGCGUAUCUGCGGGAGCAGGCUGCCCUCUACCUGAAUGGACCGCAGCACGGACAUGGCGGCCACGGGCCACCGGGUCCGCCGGCUCACUUCGCCAACGCCGCCGGGAUGCUGGGUCCUGGACCGGCGGCCACCGCCCACCAGAUGAACCAAAUGGCCGCUGCCAUGGCCAAUCAGCAGCUCACCCACAUGUACUCCACCCACAUGGCGGCCAUGAUGGCCGCUGCAGCUGCCGUCGGCGGGAAGUCUGGCAAUGGUCCUGGACCGGGAACCGGCGGAGGAGGUCCAGGUCCGGGUCCAGGACCACCGCCACACUACGGCGGCGGCGGCGGAGGAGGCGGGGGUGGAGGCCAUAUGGGAAUGCGCGGACCACCGCCACAAGCGCCGCAUUUGCGGGGAAUGCCACCCGGAGGACCGCCACCCAGUCAGCAGCCGGGCGGCGGAGUUGGAGGCGGUGGCGUCGGCGGGGGAGGAGGAGUAGGUGGUCCACCGCCACCGUACGGACAAUACCCGGCCAUGCAGCACUGGCGGCCACCGCAGCAGGGACAGAAUCAAGGACCCGGACCGGGACAACAGCAGCCGCCGCAGAAUCCGAACGCCAGUCUGUGGGGUCCGCCGCCGCAAACGAAUCCGUGGAGCGUGCUCCCACCCAGCAAGCAGCCGCCGCCGCAGCAGCAGCCACCGCAACCGCCGGUGAGUGCUCCGGGUCGUGGAGGACCAGGAGGACCCCUGCAACCGCCGCCGCCGCUCAAUGCGAACCCAUCGCUUCCGUUGCGCGGUGGCAGUGUUCCGCCACCGCCGCCAAACGCCUCAGCGGCUGCCCAGCUGCUGAGGAAUCCCAGCGAACUGGGCUACCUGGCGAAGAAGACCCUGUACAACCACGGCCAGGCACCGCCGCACCACCAGCUCUAUGGACCCGGUCCCGGACCACCGCCGCCGCCAUCGCAACAGCAGCAGCAGGCACCGCCGAUGGGGAUGCAGCGGGGCAGCAGUGUGCCCAAUGGACCCAUGUCGCCCAUGGAGAACGGACCGCCACCGCCUCCGUAUCUGCGGCACAACGGGAGUGGCUACAAUCCGGGAGCACCGCCACCGCCGCAGCAGCAGCAACAGCAGCCGCCACCGAAUCCGUUUAUGUACGCCGGGAAGCAGCCGUCGCCGAGCUCCAUGCGAUUCGGUCCGCUGACCCAUGAGCUGCUGCCGCCGAAUGUGAGCAUCUAUGAGAUGGCGUUCAACCCCAAGGAGGAGCAGUACAAGUGGUACCUCAAGCUGCUCGAAACCGUGGGCCAGGAUGGGGCCAACAAGUUUGCGGACAUGUUGCGCCAGGUGAUGAACACACUGCAGCAACAGCAGCAGCAGCACAAGCCGCCGCAGCAGCAGAUGGUGAACAAUCCGAUGCUGAACAAUCCGCAUGUGCAGCGGCCGCAGUAUCCCAUGAUGUAUCCACAGGGACAACAGCCACAGCAGCCGCCGCAGCAAUCGGUGGACGCUUCACCGCCACUGGAGAACUUCAACCAGCAAAUCGAUCUCGUCUUCAACUCCAUCAUGAACGGAGCCAAUGAUAUUGCCCAACCCAUUCUGCGAGAUGUUCUGGGCAUGGUGGCUGGUGCGGGUAAUCCAGGUGGUCCUCCGCCGCUCAGCAAUGGCUUGAACGGCGCCGACCUUCAGCAGCAGCAGCAGCAGCAGCAACAACAGCAGCAACAGCAGAGUCGCCUCUUUGCCAUGAUGCAGCAACAGCAGCAGCAGCAACAACAGCAGCAGCAGCAACAGGCGAAGCCUCCGGGUCCAGGUCCUGGUCCUGGGCCCCUCUAUCCCAACCAUCUGGGUGGUCCUGGCCUGCAUCAGGCGCCGCCCAACGGUGGUGGCAACAAUUUGGGCGGCGUCGGCAAUCCCAACUUUAUGGGCAAUGCUGGAAACGCCCUGCUCAACGACAAGCCCUUCAACAAUCUGAACGUGCACAACAACGUGGGCGUCAACAGCGGCGGAGUUGGCGGGAUGGGAAUCGGCGGCGGCGGCGCAGGAGGAGUCGGCGGCCACAACAACAGCAACAACAACCACAACGGAAUGCUGAGCAAUGGCAACAACUCGGUGCCGCUGUACCGCCGACAGGCGUUGGCCGGAAAUGGGAUCGGCGGCGGUGGAAACAGUGGCUACAACAACAUGCAUGGACUGGAUACGGGUGCGAACCUGAUUGAGGCACUGUUCCACGCCAACAACUCGGUGGUGGAUCACUCGGUCAAGUCGUCGGAUCACAUGCACGGUCUGCUGUACAACAAUUUCAAUACGCUGAAGGGCGGCGGCCACGAUGUGGACCUGUUCCAGUCGAUGGCGCCCAGUGUUCCGCACUCGGAGGCGGCCAAUCAUCCCCAGCUGUCCUCCGGCUCGUCGGCAACCACCUAUGCGGCUGUGUUGAGCCAGGGACCUCAGGCGGUGGUUGGCAGUGGUGGUGGGUCAUCUGGACCUUCGCCGGGCCAAUCGCAGGCGCCGGCGGGCGUGGCCGGAUCGGGGGCGGGCGGAGGCAAGGGCGCGCAGGCGGGGAGGCGGCGGCAACGAUCUCCUCGAGAAGGAUCCGUUUGCGGCUAUCCGGGAGUUGGGACAAGCCACGACCGGAUUCUACAACUACUUUCAGUGAGAAGCGGUGACGGCAGCACAUCUCCUGCUGUGGCAUCAAAGGGUCUUAAUCUAAAAACAAAAAACAAAAACGAAAACGAAAAGCAAACAAAAAAAAAAACGAAACAAAAGAAAAAAAAAAGAAAAUUAACAACAAAAAAAAAAUUGCAAAAUUCUUAGCUGAACAAAAACAAAAAAACGUAAAAAAUGCCCCAGACAAUGGGAAAAAACGGAAGAGAAAACGAAAAAGAACUGCUUCUUAAUUAUAGUUGCCCCUAUCCUUAUUUUUUGCUUUCAUUUUAAUUGCAAAUUAUUUAAUUACGGUAGCCUUAAGUUCAACGUGUGAAUUAUUAUAAUUAAUUAAUAAUAUACAUACAUACCUAUUUAGUUAAUGUUUAGUGGUUACUAAAGCUCGCCCAAAUGCCGCAGCAGGGACUUGUUGACGUCCACGCCCCUUCUUGGCCUCCAACGCCGCCCCCCUGCGACCCUCCUCCUGCCACGCCCCCCAAAGCCCCAAAGGCGCCUCCAUUGGUUCGCAGCAUCCGACGGGUUGCUCUGAGCAGCCCAGAAAAAUGAAAUGAAUUAUAAAUCGCCUACACAAGAAAACCUUAUCGAUUAGACUCUUGAAACAUACAAAACAGAAAAAAAAUCAUAAAAAAAAACUUUACAAAAAAAAAAAACAAACAAACAAACAUAAAAACCACAAAAAAAAUGAAAUGAUUAUGUAAUAACUAUAAACUGCAAAAUGCAUAGUUAGCUUUAGAUGUAAGAUAAUUCAAGAAAGUUUGUAUUGUAAAUUUUUUUCUAUUUUUAGUGCGUAGCGUAUGUGCUACGUAAGCCUUUCAGUUCGUUUACUACCUAUCUUUAAUUUCUCAGUUAUAAAUUUCAAUUUUGUACAGGAGUUGACUAUUUAAAGCAAACAAAACAAAAAAAAAAAGAAAAGAAAAUCUAUUAACAACAAACCAUUAAAACUGAAAAUUUGUCACGCACUCAAAUACAUAAAUUAUUAUCCUUAUUAAUGUAACUUCAGAUUAUAUACCUAUUAUAUAUAUUUACUGGCUAUAAGGGAUAUGAACAUUUUUGUGUACGAAUUAAACAUACUUACCUACAUACGAACAUAUAUAUAAUAUGCAUAUAAAUAUUUAAAUUUGUGCACGAGUUAUUUGUUCCUUUGCCCAUCCGAAAUUGUCGAUGCGUGUGUAAAUUAUAUUACGAUUGUUGACCGCCCCGCCCAAAAUUUUCAGCCAUCUCGUCCCUAAUACCCCUAAACAUAAUCCCCAUUAUCCCCAACUCAUUGUUUAGUCCGAUCUGACGACUGGUAAAUGUAAAACACGAAAGAGAAAUGCAAGCAAAAAUAUAAGAAUUUUUCGAUAAGAGUA